GAGAUAUCAAACAAGCAAAAGCAUCGGUAUUAUCGAAUCCAUAAAACUUUUCUUUAACUUCCCAACAGUCUUAACACUCAUUCCACUCUCUUUUUUGUUGGUGUGCUGCGGGUGCAAAGUUGCAGACUGCAAACUGCAAACCAUGACUGCUAUUGCCAAUUCGCUGGCUUUGACUACAAAUCCUCAUGUCCAGCUCUCUUCUGGGUCUCCUCUGAAACCAUCACAACAAUAUCUUGGGAGUGUGGCCCCUACAAACUUGUCACUCAAUUCAAAGCAUGUUGGGAAAGCUCAGCUAUCUACCUCCAAGAGGUCCUUCACAGUUCAGGCUGGAUAUAGUGAUGGCGGUAGGUCAAACAGUUCAAGCAUCUUCAUUAGUGGCUUUGUUUUGGGAGGACUUAUAGUUGGCACACUGGGUGCUGUAUAUGCACCUCAGAUCAGUAAAGCACUGGCUGGAGCUGACCGGAAGGAUCUAAUGAGAAAACUGCCCAAGUUCAUAUAUGAUGAGGACAAAGCUUUGGAGAAAACGCGAAAGGUACUGGCUGAGAAGAUAGCGCAGCUGAACUCUGCUAUAGAUGAUGUUUCUGGCCAGCUCCGAUCGGAAGAUGAUCCAAAUGAAGUACCUGUGAGCUCAGAUGAAGUUGAAGCUGUCAUAUGAGAAGCUCCCAUCAGAAUCUGUCAUGUAUUUCAGUGUUUCAGUAUUUGCCCAAUAAUCAGUGUAGUUUUGUUCUUCCAUGUGGGAGCACCUAGUUUUGGUCAAUGUAAUUGUACCCUCUGAUUCCAAAAUUGCUAAAAUUUGGACGAUGACGAGUAUAGGAUUUUUUUUUAUAGCUGUUUUUUUGCUGUCUGCAUUUGCUAGUACGGCCUAUAAUAAAUAA